AUGAAGCCAGCUAUUGAGAACCGAGCCAAAGUGGACCUGCUCAAUGAAGAAGAAGAAGAUCUUGUGCAGAUCUUGCCUUACAUGGUCAAAGAAGUGAGGAACUCCAUUGGCAGGGAGGGAAAUGGGACUGAAGUGCUGCACAGGCUCCUAAACACUCCAUGGCUACAGUCAUUACUCAAGGUUUAUGAAUGUUUGCAGCAAUACCUGAGAAGCUCAGCUUCCCCGUAUCUCUCCGACGCCUUUGGGCUCUCGCUUGAGAUUCUGUCAGAUUUGAGAGCUCUGCUGUAUCCAUCCUAUGAGGCCAGAGAACUUUACCACCUUCUCAUGGACCCUCACAUGCAGGCUCUGCUCUCAGUCCAUGAUGUUGUGGGACUGAAGGACUACGAGCCUGUGUUGCCGCCACUGCCUGAAGACCUGGCCAACAAUGAUGAGGCCAUGAGGAUCGUCUGCAUGGUCAAGAACAACCAACCUCUGGGAGCGACUAUACGGCGAGAUGAAAUGACAGGAGAGAUCUACGUGGCUCGAGUUAUUCAUGGAGGAUUGGCUGACCGCAGUGGUCUCUUGCAUGCCGGAGACAGACUCGUGGAGGUGAACGGACAUCCUGUGUUUGGACUGGAACCAGAGCAAAUAAUAAAAAUACUGGCCAACACGCACGGAACCGUCAUGUUUAAAGUAGUCCCGAUUACUGACAGACCCGUCAACAAUAAGACCACGCUGUUUGUGCGAGCCAUGGUGGACUACAACCCCCUCCAGGACCCUGGCAUCCCAUGCGUGGACGCUGGAAUGGCCUUCAGAAAGGGCAACCUGCUUGAGAUAGUGGACCAGACAGACACCCUCUGGUGGCAGGCGAAGAAACUGCCUUGUAGCUCAACGUGUGCUGGCCUUGUCCCCUCCGCCUGCAUGCUCAAGAGGAAGCUGAAAGAAUUCUGGUGGUCACAGCCACACACCUGCACCAAAACCUUGAGCACAGUGGUUGAAGAGGAUGACAUGAUGGCUAUAGAUAUGUCUGUUGUUGAAACAGAUGAGGAAGCUUUUGAAUCUGAGGAACUAAAGGAGGAUGAGAGCGAGUUUAGCACUAGCAUUGAUGGCGUUUAUCUGGCUGGGUUCCGGAGGAGUCUGCGUGUGUGUCGUCGGCGUAGGGUUCAAGGUGAAGGUUCAGGCCUGAUCCACUGCCCGUGCUGCUCCAGCUCCUUCACCAGCCCAUACGAGGAGGUGGUAAGGUACCAGCGUCACCCAGAGGACACACACCGCCUCAUCGCCCUGAUGGGGCCGUCUGGAGUCGGUGUGAACGAGUUACGGAGGAAACUGAUCGAGAUCAACCCGAGGAUCUUCCAGGGAGCCACACCACACACGACGAGGCCACGGAAGCUGUACGAGGAACCCAGGCAGGAGUAUCAUUUCAUCACCAGGGAUCAGUUUGGGAACAUGGUGUACAACAACAGGUUUGUGGAGUAUGGGGAGUUCAGGGGUCACUUCUACGGCACCAGCGUGGAUGCAGUGAAGGACGUUCUGGCUGCUGGGAAGAUCUGCAUCAUUGACAUUGAACCAUAUGCCAUUGCGUCCGUACGGACUCAUGAGCUGAAAGCGUACAUCAUCUAUAUCAAACCACCUCCUUUCGCCCAAAUGAAACGAACACGGACCAACGCCAAGAUGACUAAUUACUGCACCAGCCGACCGUUUAAGGAUGAGGACUUUUAUGAAAUCAAGGAGGCAGGCUACAGGAUGGAGCAGCAUUAUGGUCAGUUUUUUGAUCAUGUGAUUGUGAACGAUGGCCUGCAGGCAUCCUGUGUGCAGCUGAUGACGGCGGUGAGGAGAGCUCAAGAAGAGCCACAGUGGGUUCCUGUCUCGUGGAUCAGACCGACUGAGGAAAUCUGAAUGUGAACAUGACGUUCUGUUUAGGGUUUUGGCUGUUCUGUAAGACGACGAAAACGCUCAUGAGACGAAUCAGAACAUGGAGCGAAAACGGUGGUGACAAGGCCUGGAGCUGGGACGUGGGAACUUGGGAACCAGAACGUUGUGUGAAUAAACUCUGUAUUUUGUUCAUGAAAUUCACUUUAGGAAAUGUAUUAUAGUGUGUGGUUCUUGUCCUCAUGUCAGAAUAUGAAGGAUCAUCAUUGUACAUCUCCAAAGCCUACAGCCUCAUGUCUUUGUUUUCCUCAAA